AUGGCACUGAAACUAUUGGACCCAAACGCUACAGUAUCGUCUAUGUUCUUCUAUUCUCUGGAGAACGUCCAUAGAGUCUCUGUGAACUCCACCUCCUCUCGUCCAUAUUAUUAUCCAAACAUCACCUAUGUGGACUUUUACCUGCAUGAACCUUUAGUGUCAGCUAUCUUUAUUGUAUCCUACCUCCUCAUCUUUAUUGUUUGCAUGGUGGGAAAUGGAGUGGUGUGCUUCAUCGUGCUAAGGAGCAAGAACAUGCGUACAGUCACCAAUCUGUUCAUUCUCAACCUGGCCAUCAGUGACCUGCUGGUUGGCAUUUUCUGCAUGCCUACAACAUUGGUGGACAACAUUAUCACAGGCUGGCCUUUUGGCAGUUUAGUGUGUAAGCUGAGUGGGAUGGUGCAGGGAAUAUCAGUUUCAGCUUCUGUCUUCACACUGGUGGCCAUCGCUGUUGAAAGAUUCCGCUGCAUUGUCUAUCCCUUCAAACAGAAGCUCACUAUCUCCACCUCCACCCUCAUUAUUGUCAUCAUCUGGGUUCUGGCCAUCUCCAUCAUGUGCCCAUCAGGAGUCAUGCUACAGGUCACCAAAGAGCACCGUGUUUCCAUCUUGCUAAGUGACGGCAACACAACGCAACCCUUCUAUUGGUGCCGUGAAAACUGGCCGAACCAGGAGAUGCGCAAGAUUUACACUACAGUACUCUUUGCUAACAUUUAUUUGGCUCCUCUAACUAUCAUCGUCAUUAUGUAUUCCCAGAUAGGGAUCACCUUGUUUAAGACUUCAAUGCCUGCCUCUGUGAGCCAAGUUGGCACCUCAGGCUCUGGUUCUAGCUCAGGAAAACAGAGUAGAUAUGAAAGCAGUCAGCUAGUGUCACGCAAAAAGAAGCGGGUGAUUAAAAUGUUGCUAGUGGUGGCUCUGCUCUUUAUCCUUUCAUGGCUGCCAUUGUGGGCACUCAUGAUGCUAAGUGACUAUGCAAGCUUGAGUGAGCACCAACAUCGGGUUAUUAAUAUAUAUGUUUACCCUCUGGCUCACUGGUUGGCAUUCUGUAACAGCAGUGUAAAUCCUAUUGUCUAUGGUUUUUUCAAUGAAAACUUUCGCAAGGGCUUCAAGGCAGCCUUUAAAUUUCAGCUCUGCUCAGCCCAUUCAGGGAGGAGAAGGACUUACUCACAUCGACUGCAGGGGAAUGCUGUGUUACCUGCCAGCUUGCCCCUGACCAAGGAGCCUGUGGUGGAGACUGGAGUUUCCAGACUAGGACAAGGCCUCAUCCAAGGGGUUUCGGUGGGGAAUGAGAAAGGUCCAGGUGAAAGUAUCCAGCCUUCAGGCAAGGAUAACAUGAAAGAACAGGAUCUGAUCAUGGAAGAUCUGGAGAAGGUGUGUGUUGGUGCAGGUGUUUUCAAAAUGUGGUACAGGGACCCCCAGAUGUCUGCAAAGGGGUUCUAG